AUGACCAAAUUACAAGAUAAACCUGAUGAUAUUUCAAUUGAUGCCAAAUCUACAACUUCAUUAGAUUCUCAAUAUAAUGAAAAAUCAACAGCUUCUAAGGGCAAUUUGUUUUCAAGACUUUUAGAAUCUAUAUCUUUACAGAAAGAUUGUCAAUUAUCAUUAUCAGAAAAUUUCUUACUUAAUGAAGAUCUUCAACCUGUUUUCGACAAGACUGAACGUCCAUGGCAUUGGUAUAAUUUUGUGUUUCUUUGGGUCGCUGAAUCAUUCAAUAUCAAUACAUGGCAAAUAGCCAGUAGUGGUAUUAUUGCAGGUCUUUCAUGGUGGGAAACUUGGAUUUCUGUUUGGUUAGGUUAUUCAAUUUUAGGUUGUUUUAUUUUCAUUUCUCAAAGAGUCGGUUCUCAUUAUCAUGUUCCAUUCCCGGUUGGUGCUAGAACUUCAUUUGGUACUUUUGGUUCCAUUUGGCCUAUUUUAAAUAGAGUUGUCAUGGGUUGUGUUUGGUAUUCUGUUCAAGCAUGGCUUGGUGGUGAAUCAUUUGCAUUAGUCUUGAAAGCUAUAUUUGGUGCUAAUAUUGAAGAAAAAAUUCCAAAUAAAAUUGCUAGUUCAGGUACUUCAUCAUUUCAUUUCUUAUCAUAUUUUUUAUUUUGUUUGAUUUCUUUACCAUUUAUUUAUUUUAGACCUCAACAAAUUCGUCAUUUAUUUACAGUUAAAGCUUGGACUUGUGCUAUUGCUGGUGUUGCAUUCCUUGUUUGGACUAUUGUACGUGCUGGUGGUAUUGGUCCAGUUGUUCAUCAUAAAACUUCAUUAACAGGUUCAGCUCAUGCUUGGGCUUUUGUUAUUUCUACAAUGAAUUGUGUUGCAAAUUUUGCAACUUUAGUUAUAAAUUCACCAGAUUUUUCAAGAUUAGCAUAUUCACCAAGUUCAUCAUCUUAUUCACAAUUAAUUGCAAUUCCUUGUGGAUUUUCUAUAACUGCAUUGAUUGGUAUUUUAGCAUCUUCAGCUUCAACUUCAAUGUUUGGUGAAACUUAUUGGUCACCAUUAGACUUAUUAAACAGAUAUGUUGAAUCAGGUACAGCUGGUGAUCGUGCUGGUGUGUUUUUCAUUGCAGGUUCAUUUGUUCUAGCACAAAUUGGUACAAAUAUCUCUGCAAACUCAAUUAGUGUUGGUACAGAUGGUUCAGCAUUAUUACCAAGAUUUAUAAACAUUCGUCGUGGUGGGUUCAUUUGUGCUACAAUUGCAUUCUGUUUAUGUCCAUGGAAUUUCUUCACAAGUGCAGCUAAUUUUACAACAUAUUUAAGUGCUUAUGCUGUUUUCCUUUCUUCAGUUGCUGGUGUUGUUGCAGCGGAUUAUCUUGUUGUGAGAAGAGGUUAUAUCAAUGUAUUCCAUUUAUAUUCAAACAAACGUGAAUAUCAUUAUUCAUAUAAUAAAUUUGGUAUAAAUUGGAGAGGUUAUGCAGCAUAUAUUUGUGGUAUCUUACCAAACGUUGUUGGAUUUGCAGGUGCUGUGGGAACAAAAGUCCCAAUCGGUGCAACUUAUAUCUAUAACGUUUCAUUUUUCAGUGGGUAUAUUACAGCAUUUGCUGUUUAUUGUUUCUUAUGUUGGUUAAGUCCUGUUCCAGGUAUUCCAUUAAAGAAUUUCAUUACUGAAAAAGGUUGGUAUGAACAAAAUAUUAAUUAUGAUGUUGAUGAUUUUGUUGAAGCUAUGGGUAGACCUGAUGAUUUUGUUAGGAUUAGAUGA